AUUUGCUAACCAACCUCCUAAGGUCUUGAACAUCAUCUGAAAAUAGAGCCCACUGUCCCCCCUUCAAGAUUUGAUUCUAUGCAGGCUUUUCUCUGCUUUCAAGAGAUGAACAACUUCUAAAAGUUCUCAGCUUUUGGGUAUGCCUCUAAUCUAUUAUCUUAAGAGCCCAAAAGGAAAUUUUGCAGCUUCUGGAUUUGUUCUGGGUGUUUAUUAGUGAAGAAUUAUAGCUUAAUGGUAGGUGGUUGCCGAGAUCCUAAAUUUAAGUCUCGUGAGUCUCAAUUCCCUCUCCCCCACCCUUCACCUCGCUAGGUUUCAAGUGGUAUAAUUAUCCAACUUACAGAAAGAAGAAAUAAAUAAAUAGAGAUGAUGGCAAUGGAAAUUGCCGCAUGUGCGAUUCUACUCUUUGUGGGUAUUGCAGUUUUGGUGAUAAUCCAUAUUUGCAUUGCUGGGAGAGCUAUGAGAAGGGGAUUCAGCAAUAGCAGUUUGGCUGUUCAAACAAGAAGUGCCAUUAGAGUCCCAAGGAUGGGCCAGGAGGAGAUGAAGGAACUGCCUUGUUUUGAUUACAAAGUGGAAGAGACAGGCGGCAGCAACAACAAUAUUAAUGGUUGUGAUGCUGCUGCAGCUGCUGUUUCUGCAAUGGAAGUUGAAUGUGCUGUUUGCUUGGAGAAUUUUAGGGCGGGUGAGAGAUGCAGGCUGCUUCCUAAUUGCAAGCACAGCUUCCAUAUUCAGUGCAUCGAUUCAUGGCUGUCAAAGACGGCUGCUUGUCCUAUUUGCAGAAGAGAUGCCAGUUUGGUGAAGAUUGGCAGUUCAAGAGAGACUGCAGCUGCGGUUCAUGAAUUGUUGUAGAUUGUUUGAAGAUCGGUAGUAUCAAACCCAAAUCGGAAUUUCCAAAUAUUUCCUUUUGCAUUGUUUCACUUUCAUUGUUGAUUCUUCUUUCAAAUUGUUUCCUAGAUUAGAGAUUUUGCAGUUUUUUAAUUUUGUUCCUCUCUUAGCCUAUAUAUUUUUCUCUUCCCUAUGGGUUGUAAUUAUUGGAGAAUAAAAUCCUUCCAAUAAAUAUAAGAAUUUCAUG